AGAUCACUGUCUUUUACACAAUAGAAACUGAGGAGAUGUUGCUAACCAGUCUCUUUCUGUUACUGAAUUAAUCCAUCAUUCCUAACCCAGCUUGGAGCACUGUUAUACCAAGUUUCAUAGCUAUCAAGUUCCACUUAAAAAGAAAGUGUUCAGCUGUGGGCAAAGUUGCCUAAAGUGUCUUUGUGUGGAAGAAAGGCUCAGGAGUAAAGAAAUCCCUUUUGCGGGGGAUAUACCGAAAUACCUGACAAAUUCUAUAUUCUCUGUAUUGUCAGUAUAUAUAAGGUACCUGCUAAGAAGCACAGGCGAAGUGAAAACAACUGCGUACUGAGUCUGCGUCUCUGAGCAAAGGGGGGCUGUUGCGAUCUCUGAAACAAUCUGUUGCCCAUCUGGCAUCUCUCAGACAAGAUGGGCACUGCUGGGAUGUGACUGACGGACCUGAAGCCUGAUCCGAUACUAUUGCAAUUCCUAAGUGCUUGGAGGACUAAACAUUAAUCAAAGUAUCUCUGGUAUUAAAGUAAGCUUAGCAGUGGAUUGAGAGGCCUCACAAUACCUGUCACAACCAAAAUUUCAGUCUAGACACGCAGAAUUGUCCUGAUUGUUGGCUGGUGCAUUGUAACCCUGCCCUGCAAGUCAAGCCUGAGACUAUGCUGCAGCUGUGGAGGCGUUAUGAAGUUUUUUACUUCAUCAGGAUACCAAAAAUAUCAGUUGCUCAGACACUGUGCUAUUCUAGAUCUGAAUUUGAAUGCCCGAGUCUAUUCAGAAAGGACGUUUGUGCCACAGUUCUCUUCUAACACUCUCUUCCCAUGAAAAUGAAAAAUAAUAAUACACACAGCUUGUACUUCUUCAAAGCUACAGAAGCAUGGGUAAACAGAUACAGCUUGUGGAUCACUGUCCUCCUCCUCUCCUGGGUGCAGCUGUACAGGUGGAGACCAUUACUGCUUGCAUUUCAUCCUCAGUUGCUCAGGACCAUCUCAGCAUCUUCCUGAAGAUACUUCUCGCUCCAGAGGAUGCAGCACCGCAGAGGCUUGCCUGCAGGCUCCCAGACCUGAGACAGUUCUCAUGGGCCAGGAAAUCCAUGACUUAUUUAAAGAUUAUGAAAUAAAGUAUUGUUAUGUGGACAGAAAUAAAAGAACAGCAUUUGUUACUCUGUUAAAUGGAGAACAGGCUCAAAAUGCAAUUCGGAAAUUUCACCAGUAUUCUCUUCGGGGAAAAGAAAUAUCCGUGCAACUGCAACCAACAGAUGCUUUGCUGUGCAUCACUAAUUUGCCCAUUUCGUUUACAUUGCAAGAGUUUGAGGAGCUCGUGCGUGCGUAUGGCAACGUGGAGAGGUGUUUUUUGGUCUAUAAUGAAGUUACUGGCCAUUCAAAGGGCUACGGCUUUGUGGAAUAUAUGAAGAAGGACUCUGCCGCAAAGGCGAGGCUGGAACUGCUGGGGAAGCAGUUAGACGAGAACACGCUCUUUGCACAGUGGAUGGAUGUUAAUCAGCUGACUCCAAACCUUAUUCACUCAAAGUGCCUUUGUGUAGAUAAAUUUCAAAAAGACUACGCCGAUUCAAAAGAACUGAUGCAAACUUUCUCACUAAAGUAUAAACCUGUGUUCUGCCAGUUUGCUCAGGAUGAAGAUAGUUGUAUUGGUGACUUUGCAGUGGUGGAGUACGAAACUGCAGAGCAGGCUGAGAAGGUGCAAGAAGUCACCGAUGGCAUGACCGUCAGAGGGAGGAGAGUCCAGGUGUCCUACUGUGCCCCAGGAGCGCCGGGCAGGAGCACGCUAGCAGCCCUCAUCGCGGCGCAGAGGAUGAUGAGGAACAAUAGGAAAGGAUUGCUUCCAGAACCAAAUCCAGUGCAGAUUAUGAAAAGCUUUAGUAACCCAGCAAUGUUGCAAAUGUUAAUGCAGCCCCAGUUGCGUGGACAUACUGUUAAACCUGUUCUUGGAGCAUCUGCAGGUUUACCUCACCUUAUAAAUACAGCAGUUGGCCCAGCUUUUUUGCAGUUGAAUAAAGUUCAUCAGAAUUCAGUUCUGGGGAGUACAUCUAAUUUACUGCUGCAGAGCCCUCCUCACCUGCCGUUGCCGCCGCAGCAGCAGCUCGUGAAGAUUGAGAACAUUCAGGCUAAUAGUAAACCAGGUUUGCUGGGAGAACCUCCAACGAUGCUGCUUCAGACAGUACUGGGAAUAGGGGUGAUGCCAUCUGUGAGUUCGGGCAUGGGAACCCGUGGAGAAGCUCAUAAGUCAUCUAAUCUGACUCCAAUUCAAACAGCAGCCGCGGCAGCAGCGGGCAUGGGCAUGUUGCCAUUCUUUCCAAACCAGCACGUUGUCGGACAAGCUCUGCCAGGGCAAAACACCGCUCCGGAUAAACAGUCCGCUACCGAAGCGGUCGUCUCGGCAGCGCAGCCCUACCACCAGACCUUCGCAAAUCUUUCUGCGGGAGCCUUGCGGGCCGGACAUGCCAAACAGCAAAACCAGCUAAAAAGUCCUGAUGCGAGUCUGGGGACUCCCUUGAAAAAACAGACCUCGCUGCUGGGAGAACCACCAAAAGAAAUACGUCUCAGUACCAACCCCUACUUGAAUUUGGCAAGUGUGUUGCCUGGUAUUUGUCUUCCAGCAAUUGCCAGCAAAGCCUCCAGUCCACCGCAGCAGACUGGACUUUCGAGCAACAUUUUGGAUGCUGCUGUGUCUCAGGGAGCUCCAUCACAACACGGAGUGGAAAAUUAUUUUAGUUAUUCUCAACAGCCCGGGGAGUACACACAGGAGGCUGUUCAGCAGUGGUAUCAGCAUUACGCUCAGGCAUAUAACACUGCCCAGGCCAGAGUCGAUGAGUUUGAAACCGAAGCCUCCGAGGUGGCUCCAGGCCGAAGCGAGAAGCGAGGCGCGUCGUACCUCAUUGCCUCGCCGGACCCUGGCCCCGCCGAGUACGUGGGCCAGCAGAUUCAGGGCUCCGCGGUGCGUUACGCCGAAUCCUCGCUUAAGAAAAAGCGCGUUUAUUGAAAUGUAACCAAUCUUCAGGCCUGCCUUAAGGUAUGGAGGCAGGCGGCUCAUACCUCCGCUAUUUAUUGCUGCCUUAGCUUCAGACAGUGCUUCUUUCCCCAUGGGGUAUAAAGCGCCCGAGAGGAACAGUCCUGCACCGCAGGCAGGUCUGCCAGGUAGAGCGUGCGGCUUGGUGGGCCCGUAGACGUGUCGCAGUGGUAGGACCUGCCCUCCCGAAGGCUGGGCCGCUACUUCCAUCUUCGUGUACUGCUGCGAUUAACAGUGGUCGGACGCUCAUAAAGAAAAGUAACUUGGUGAUUUUUCUUUUUUUUAGUAACUUACCAGCCAAAAGCAAUAAAAAUACUGAGGAUGGACCUCGGCGCCUUGCCCGAGUUUUCAGGCUGAGGAAGUUAAAGAUGACUUAAUAGUAAACUGUUCUUUUUUUUUAAACUCAGAAUGUGUUUUUUUUUUAAUCUUGCUUUUUCCAGGAGUAAGACCUCUGCAUUUACAGCCUUUAUAUUUUUAAUAUUUCCUCUUAGUCCUGGAAUGAAGAUAUACCAAAUGUAUUCAGAGCCUCUGUGAUGUUUUCAAUAAAUGUUUGUUAAAAGUAAGAUGCUACACUGUGUGCUGUCUUGCAGUAGUAAAUUGGAUUUGAACAGGUAGGUGGUGUUUGGCCUGAAAAGUAAUCUUUGUCUGCGCUGAGGCCAAGAAGCUGCAGCUUUUACUUGGGGUAAGUGAUUUACGGGUUGCGAAUGCAUUGGUGUAUGCUGGAAAGCUUCGGGUAGGGGUCACAGAGGCACCACGUGGGCAUUUUGCCCCUGCGGCUUCUUUUUUUUUAAUAAUUGACUUUUUCUCUUAUUAAUUAAGCGGCUGCAGCUAGAGUCUGUCUUUUCUGCUGCACAUCGUUGUAGCUGAAGACUUUGAAAUCAUUAUUUCUGGUGUCAGUGUUCCUGACAGCUCCGCUAUGAGCCAGCUGUCUGUAAGGGGCCGCGUGUGGGUGCCUCCCUGGGACCUGCCGCAACGUGACUGGGACUCGAGUCCUCUAGCAUUGAGGCCGCAAUGGCUGGCCAGCUAACUUAAUUGCUAUACAGACUACUGAAACCAUUUUUAAAAACUGAACUCUUAAAAAUGUCUUAAACUCUGCAUUUUAAGCUUUAUGAUGUGACUAACAUAUUUUUAAAACUUUAAAAAAAAAAAAAAGCACAAGUGCUGUAUUGCAUAAGCAGUAUGCAAUGCACAUACAGGCAAUAAUUCCUUAAGCUGGCUAAAUAGCAAUGCCUUUUAUAGCUGUUUAGUCUGUCUGGGAUGCUACGUGUAUGUAUCGACAAAUUCACUUGUAAUAUUUUGUUCGAACUGUUUGUAUAUGCAGCUUUCUCAAAGCGUUACCCUUUUCAAGGAACCUGAAUUGCUGGUGUAGUUAGUUAGAGGCUUUCUGUGAAAUGGAACCAUGGCUGGCAGUAAUUCAACGUACAGAAAGGUUGUUUUAAAGACAACACAUUCUGGUCACCAAUGCUAGAGAGUUACAUUAAAAAAAAAAAAAAACUUCCUCUGUUUGAUUUAUGAUUAAAACAGGUAUGCACAUGGAGGAAAAAAAAAAAACAACUUUAUUAGCUUUGUUUGUAUAAAGAGUAACAAAGUGCUUAUAGCUUUAAAUCAUAACUGACAUACAGAAACAGGUAAUACUGUAAAAAUAAAUCUGACUUGGUUGCAGCUUAUAAUUACAGGGGGGUUUUAUAUAUAUAUAUAUUUAUAUAUAUUUAAAGACAUCUUUCAGUUAUUGCCAGAAUUAUUUCCGCAAAGCAUUUUCAAAAUCCAGGUUUGGUGACGAAAAUGAUAGUGACCAAGUUUGGACAGGGGCAGCAAAAGGUUUCCAGUUUGAGUCAACGACUGUUUAUAAACGCCUGACAGUCACAAAAUGACUACAGUGCCCUCCCGUGAGCGGUACGUGCAGGGUGUAAAUGCUGAGUCUGCUCCUGACAAACACACACACCCGUGGUCCCAGGCUGGCCCCACUGGCCUCUGGCUUUUACUCUCAUUAAUUGCGUAUGUCUCCAUUGCAUGUUUUGAGUCUGUAAGUAAGUAAGUCAAAUUACAGUGUAAUGCUAUUAUUAUUUAAAGCAUCACCCUUUAGCACAAAUGAGCAGUCUAGCUACUAACCUUGGUUUUGUCCUGAGUGCUUUACGGAAAAACUGCUAAAAUUAAUUUACAUGUUGGCCAAAGAAAUCAUUGACAAAAAACCCCAGCGUGCCAAGCCCCCCCCGGGGGCACAGGGCGCUGACCCAACGGGCUGGUGCGCGCGGUUCCGGGCGCUGCUCCCUGGCCGGGGGACGCUCCCGCCUUGCUCAGACUUCUGUCUCAGUGACUUGUCCUGUGGCAGGGCAGCGCUCCCCCAGAACUGGCACACCGACUCCUUUUUUUUUUCCUAAGCUGAAAUGUGCAAUUAUUUUCCUAGGUGCCCUUCACCGCCCUGGCACUCGCUUGCGUGACGUGCCGCAGAGCGUUGCGUUUGCCUGCUUAACAGCUUUCGCAGGUGGAAACGCGUGAUGGAGGGGAGGGAUGCGUUCGAUCAGGAGUAACUAAAGGGCUUUCUCAAUGAACUGUGUAACUACCUCCACCUGCUGAUUCACGCUUUUGGGGGGGACCAUGACAGUCAAUUUUUUUAAGGUAUGAGAGAGCUCAGGACUGCAGACUGGUUAAAAAGGCUUGAUUAUUUUAUCUUCUCUGGAUUUUUUUUGUGCCUGAGUUGUCAUUUUUGAACUUUUUACUAAAAUAUAAGUGCACAUGACAGAUAUUUGUCUGCCAGAAUUUAAAAAAAAAAAAUUUUUCAAGACCCCAUUAAAAAUUAUUAAAUUGCUAUAAUAAGUUCUCUUAUGUCCACUGGUUUCGGUAUUCAAGGAAUAUAUGUGAACAGCAGACUUGCUUGUUUUAAAUGGUACAGGUUAUUUAUAUGCACUGAGAACUGUAGCAUUUUUUGAGACUGUUCUUUCAGUUUGUAUUCAUCCAGGAUAGUUCAAAUUGUGGCUACCUUCAUCAAAUAGAGAUAAAAAUGUCUUGCAAUAACUGCAGCAAAAGGAGUUGAAGCUAUUCUUUUCUGCCAUACCAUUUAAUUAAUUUGAUCCAACGGGUGACUAAGUUUAAAAAAAAAAAAAAAAAGAAAAGGAAAACUGUUGGACAAAGAAUCCUUUAAACACAUUCAGAUUAAACACAGUCAGAGUACAAACUACAGUAGGUAAAAAAUGAAAGGUCCUGGGCAUUUAUGUUUUGACACACAUUUGAAGUACUGACGGUAUAAAAAGUGAAUUACAUUUUAUUCAUAAUUGUUUCAAAUCCUUGAAUCAGAUUGUGAAACGUUGUCCGUUCGUCAUGUUUGAAUAUCCAACACUUCCUCAUCAGCUGGUCAACCUAACAAAAAAAGAGUUUUUUUGAAGGAUGAAUGAAACAUUUAAUUUGUUCCUCCAAUAAAAAUAAAGCAGCAGAUUCUCACUACCGUGAAAUGAAGAACAAUAGUGAAGCUAGGAGAAACAUGCCAAGAACCCUGCUCAGAAUCAGCAAGUAUGUUACCUUCUUUUUUGUUUAAGUGAGAGGUAUGUGUUUGACAGUGCAAACAAUUGAUGCAGUAAUAGUGUGAACAGCUGCUUAAAACAAAGUAACAGCUUCAUCACACUUUCAGGAGCACAUGUUUAGUCAAAAUUACUACUGUGUGUCUCAGUAAUUAAUAUCCUGGUUUGACCAGGUAAGUGGCUGUCGACUAGGGGCCGGGCCAGGGCUGCUCCUUUCCUCCGUUUUGACCUCCUGCUGCUCAGUAGUUCCAGCCACGCAAAUGCUGUUCUACUAACAAAGGUAAAGCAUUUCCUACAGAACAUAAUUGGGCCUGUUUGGCCAUGAAUGUGUGGCUCUCUUGCUGCUUAUCUAGCAUAAAAGGAAGGAGGAGACCGUUAUAAAAGUCUAGGUGCACAGUUACCUCUUCUGGGCAGUUGGGUGGACGUGGCAAACGCUUCUGUUCUUGCAGCACACGAACAAGCCGCGCAACCGUCAUCUGGCCUUGGGUGGGACCAAUCAUUUUCAAGAAUUCCUGUGUGAACAGCAGAAGUCAGCUGUGCCUUCACUUACUCUGUAAAUCUGUACCAUUUAAAUCUGAUGUUAAGAUGGUAUUUUAAUCUCUACAGUAGAUGCUUAUCAUAUAGAUCACAUGCACUAUAUAUAUACAUGAGAAAACAGAUAGUAAAAUCUGUAAAACUAGUGUCCUCACCAGGACAGGUAGUCACCACUACCUAUCUUUGUAUGGGGUCUUCAGUGAAAGACAACCAUGAGGAUUGUUUGUGUAACACAGAAAUUCACUUCAUUUCUUUUUUCAAAAAAAAAUAUAUAUAGUUUAAGCAGCUUUAACAGUAAUUCCUUCAACAACCACUUACUGCCAUUGGACUGGAUUCUGAGUCACAGUAGGUAAGCAGUUCGUACAGCGUCACGCCAAACGACCAGACAUCCGAGGCAAUGUAGAAUUUACUCUGAAGCAAGCAUUCUGGAGCAUACC